CCUAAAUCUAAAACUAGGCGUUUCUCUCAGCUCUCUUAUCUCUUUUGCGGCCUACACAACCGCCUCCACGCUCUCACUGUCAUCACCUAUCCAGUUCAAGUCACCAAACACCCAUUUCCCUCGCGGUCGCCGCAGCAUAGAAGGGCGGAUUCCCUCGCAUCUCAAGCUCGCCUGCUCAUCCUUCCCGCUGCACAAUGUUUGGGUUCUUUUUCAUUUCACAAAUGUUUGGGUUACUGUCAAAAUGGGUAUAAUUGAAUUCCGCUGCACAGAUUCUAGAACUUUUCUUAAACUUCUUUUACUUUUUGCGUAUGCAGAACCAGUAUUACAGCAAAGAGCAUAAUAAAAUAGCAGGUUCGAGUAGUAUGUGAGUACUAGUAAUUGGAUUUGGAACGAGUUUAGAUAGUAUACUUCACGGGUUUGGAUUUGGGUUUGGAUACUUCAAAAUUCGUGGGUAACCUAUCAUUGCCAUCCCUAAGUGGAUCUAUAGCCCCAAGUCCAUUGUAGCAGAAAGCUUCUCCCUUGUACACUCUGAGCAGCCCAAACAAGAGGGAGGAAGGGAGAGCAGCCAUUGGGGCUAUCCCAAAUAUCCCCAAUUCCGGAGGCAUCGUCUGAGAUCCACUCAUGUUAAUCACUAUUUGAACUUAUCAUCUUUGGCAGCAAGUAGCAACAGUGAAGCUCAGAAUUUCUUCUUAUACAAUGUGCUCAAUACAAAGCUCGUUUCUUCCAUUAAUAGACUUGUUCUCUUUGAGCACCAAUUCUCUUCCAAAGCUCAAAAAUGAUCCUGCUUUUCUUCGACUACCAUUACCUAAAGCCUAUAAUCAUCACUCAAGCUUAAGGGCUGUGUUGUCCAUAGAAGAAGUUCCCCCAAAUGCCCUUCGUCGGAAGAGUGAUCCACAAUGGAGAGGAGGGUUCAGUUUAGGGGUAGACUUGGGUUUGUCUCGAACUGGCCUUGCCAUCAGCAAGGGUUUCUCUGUUCGUCCUCUCAUGGUUUUGGAGUUGCGAGGACAAAAGCUUGAGCUUCGGCUUCUUGAAAUUGCUGAAAAUGAGGAGGUAGAUGAGUUUAUAAUUGGGAUUCCUAAAUCUUGGGAUGGAAAGGAGACUCCUCAAUCCAACAAAGUUCGUAGUGUUGCUGGAAGGCUUGCUGUUCGAGCAGCUGAAAGGGGUUGGAGAGUAUAUCUACAGGAUGAACAUGGGACAUCAACAGAAGCUACUUACCGAAUGAUUAAUAUUUGCAUUGAGGCAAACAAGGCUGAUAUAGAUAGAAUCUGUACAAGUGAGGGAAUAAUUAUGUCUAAAACUCUUUCAGCGGCCUCAGCAAGGGUGCUCGGCAAAAGAGCAUUGAUGUCUAUGCAGCUGUGCAUUUUCUGGUUGCAGAUGGUAUUAGAGAGAUAUUUUCAGACAUCAGGGGAGGGAACUGAACUUGUACUACCGAAGCAAUUCGAUCUACAAGAUAAACUUCUUAAAGGUCCUCCCAAGGACAUCGAUUUUUAUCCAGAAUAAUUCCGUGGUUGAUAUUCUAAUUUUCUUUCCAAACGAAAGAUUCAGAAUUUCAAGCAAUUCUUUGAUAAUAUGUCAACAUGGUUGGUAGGCCAUAAUAGAAUGAAUUUUGAAUUCAUUUUUCUAUUCAAUUUUUGUGGGAUCACAAUGUAUUCACUAAUGUAUGUAGAGGAAAAUAAUUUUGUACAAUGUAAACAUAAUUGUACAUACAAGAGUUUACGAUAUUGAUUAGAGAUUUUGAUUUCA